AUGAGGGUGCGCUGGUCGAGGAAGGUGACUCUGCUGACCAAGGCCUGCUUCUUGUUCUCCGUCCUGUGGUUAUUCUACCUCCUCCUGUUCCGCUUUUCUACUGUGGCACCGUCCGGAGAUGAUGCUGCCCACAACAUCCUGGUCCGGCAGUUCUCACCGCAGGCUGAAGAAAACACAGAGCGCCUCCAGCAGCCCAUUUACAUGAAGUCCCCGCCAGACCCUAAUGCGCCUGGAGAGUGGGGCAAAGCUACCCGGCUAAGUCUCAACUCUGAGGAGAAGAAACAAGAGGAGGACAGUAUUGAGCGCUAUGCCAUCAACAUCUUCAUCAGUGAUAGGAUAUCCCUCCACCGCCACAUUCAGGAUAACAGAAUGCAUGAAUGUAAAUCCCAAAAGUAUGACAUCCAUCGUCUUCCCACCACAUCGGUGAUCAUAGCCUUCUAUAACGAAGCCUGGUCCACCCUGCUGAGAACCAUCCACAGUGUGCUGGAGACCACACCUGCUGUCCUGCUGAAGGAGGUCAUACUCAUUGAUGACUUCAGUGACCGAGGCUAUCUGAAGUCCCAGCUAGAGGACUACAUCAGUAACCUGGAACGUGUACGACUCAUCCGCACUAAUAAGAGAGAGGGGCUGGUUCGAGCCCGGCUUAUUGGUGCCACCUAUGCUACUGGAGAAGUUCUCACCUUUUUGGACUGCCACUGUGAGUGUGUGCCCGGCUGGAUUGAGCCACUGCUGGACAGGAUUAGGCAGAAUGAAAGCACUAUUAUAUGCCCAGUGAUUGACACUAUUGACUGGAACACGUUUGAGUUUUACAUGCAGACUGAAGAGCCCAUGGUGGGUGGAUUUGACUGGCGACUGACCUUCCAGUGGCACUCUGUGCCAGAGGUGGAUCGCCAGAGACGGAAGUCCCGGACUGACCCCAUUAGGUCUCCCACCAUGGCUGGGGGUUUGUUUGCUGUGAGCAAGGCCUACUUUGAGUACCUGGGCACUUAUGACAUGGGCAUGGAAGUGUGGGGAGGAGAGAAUCUGGAACUUUCUUUCAGGGUCUGGCAGUGUGGUGGCUCAUUGGAGAUUCAUCCAUGCUCCCAUGUGGGUCAUGUCUUCCCUAAAAAGGCCCCCUACGCCAGGCCAAAUUUCCUCCAGAACACGGUCCGAGCUGCUGAAGUCUGGAUGGACUCCUACAAGAAACACUUCUAUAACCGCAACCCUCCUGCUCGUAAGGUAACAUAUGGGGACAUCUCAGACAGGACUGUUUUACGGGAUCGGCUUAAAUGCAGGAGCUUUGACUGGUAUCUGAAUAAUAUCUACCCUGAUCUUCAUGUGCCAGAGGACAGACCCGGCUGGCAUGGAGCUGUCCGUAGUGGUGGGAUCCCUUCCGAGUGUCUAGACUAUAAUGCUCCAGAUCACAGCCCCACGGGGGCUCACCUGUCCCUGUUUGGCUGCCACGGACAGGGAGGCAAUCAGUACUUUGAAUACACAUCUAAUAAGGAGAUCCGCUUUAAUUCUGUGACUGAGCUGUGUGCUGAGGUUCCAGCAGGGCAGAACUACAUAGGAAUGAAGCACUGUCCUAAAGAUGGCGAGCCAAUUCCUCCCACCAUUGUCUGGGAGUUCAAAGAUGAUGGAAGUAUAUAUCACCCUCACUCAGACAUGUGUAUAACCUCUUACCGCACGUCGCAGGGGCGCACUGAUGUGCAAAUGAGCAGAUGCUCCACUGGAGACAAACACCAGCAAUGGAAGUUUGAAUGACUAUAAUUCCACAUUACUCUUAACCCAAGUGCAAUUACCAUGAGGAUAGCUCUUCAAUCAUGGGGCAGAUACAAAAAAAAAAGACCUGGUGUGAAGUCUUCUAUAACACGGAUGAUGUCAUCGCUUCAGUGGCCUGGUUCACCCAUUCUGAGACAUUUUAUUUUGCACUGUGAGUUUCUUGGUCCUCUCUACUGUGUAAACUUGUUUGACCAAUGCAAAUCCCCUGAGGGCUGAAGAACUGAGAGGCACCAAAAUUAGGUGUGGAAAUAGAAAAUAAAGGCUGAUUCAGUUGCUUAGAAAGGACGUCGCCUGUUUACUGGCUGAAGUGGUUUGAAACUGGCCUGUCCCAAAUGAAAUGGUGGACUGGAAGGAAGAGAGAGGUUGGGGUUUUCAGACAGGCCAAAGCCAGGCUAUCAAGUUCAGUGCCUUUACAAACCAAACAUGAACAAGAGUGCCAUUAUUUCUGUAACUGUAUUUGUAUCCUAUGUCUCUCUGAUGGAUAGUUUUGAAUGUGUUGCCACAUGUUCGAUGUAUAUUUUAAAUAACUGCAAGACUGUACCAAAAUUCCUCUCUGUAGCAACAAGGGAAGAUAUUAUGUUGGAACAGCAUUUGUGUUUACAUGGUUGCACUACAUUUUAAGUAAUGAAUACAUUGGCAGAUUUGUGGGUUGCCACUAGUUGGUUACAUCUCACAACUAUUUUAUUUAUAAAGGAUUAUAUUGGAUGGAAAUUUUCAGGGGGCGGUGAGAACUUCUUUGGGUUGCUGUAUGAUUUUCCCUUGUCAUUACAUUGUUCCGUGUUUAAUGUUUUGUGGCUGUAAAUGUAAAAAGAUGUGCGGGAUUCUUUACAUUAUGAUGUGGGUAUAAUUUGCAUAGACUCUAAAAUGUUUUGUAGCAGCACAUUUGUGUCAUAUUGAAAAUCUACUUGGACUGAUUUUAGAUAUUAGAUUUGUUUCAAUUUAAAUCUGGGCAAAAAAGCUGGAAACUGCACUUGAAGGUUGUCAGAAGAUGUGAAAAGAAAAAUGUGAUUACAACGAGAUCAAAUAGUGAGACUUUUAUUGACCACUUAAGCUUUUAAUUACCACUUGUGCCUUCUUUAAUUAGGGAGCAAAUUUGUUUUACCACAAUCUGAUUUCGUAUAGUGUCCACAGGGGAAUUGGAGGGAAGAAUGCCUCUUUCUAUAUCAAGUUUCCCCUGCUGCAUUAUUUCGCUGGGCUCAUUGCAGCCUCAGUCACCUUGCGACACAUCUACACUUUACUGCAAAAGACGUAUAAUGUACAACAGCCAAAGAGAAUGCCAUAUGACGUUGUCAUGUUGGUAUAAAUCUGAAGAUGAUCUGAAGAUGUACUUCAAAGCAUUGGCAGGCAUUUAUGACAAAGUGCAGUGCAAUAUCUGCAUGAUUUUGUGAACACUGUCUAUAGACACUGCCUCUGCUAUGGCUCUUGGCUGCAUUCUGUGUUAAAGUAUCCUAAGGAUUAAGAAAGUUUUCCCCAAUGUUAGCCAAAGGAAACAUUUUAACUGUUCAGAGUAUUUUUCUUACCAAGGUCUUCCAGCUAUCAAAAUAACAUACUGUACAAUAUUAUGCUUGAAGUAAAAUAGUUCCAGAAGGUCUUACAUUUUCCGUUUGGGAAUGAUGGGAACUAGAUUACAGGACUGGUUAGGAUUCCAUGGAUAUUAGAAAACCAACUGUGGCCUCAAAGACUUCUCAUAACCAACGUCAUUACUUUUUGUAGUUUCUGAGGGUGAUUUUUUCUGUAUGUCUGUCUAAAGUCUAUGAAAUGGUAUAAAGGGACCUUAAUGAGAUGAUGUAAAGUGUAAAUGACUAUUUAAAACUACUGAAUAAGCACAAAUGAUGGUGACUGCUUUCUGUUACAUAAUUGUUUGUUAGUUUGUUUCUUUGUUUUUGAGAUUCUUUGCUGAAUCACUCAUUUCUGACCAUCAAAUGAAUCUAGUCUGUCAUUGUUCUGUUUGAAUCAAGGUUAAUUUUUACAUUUAAAAUGUAGAAUCUAUAAAGACAAGAAGCAUCAGU